AUGCCGCUCACUGCCACCGCGAUGCGCCUCAUCAUGCGCCAGCUGCAAGAGCUGGAGACGAGCCCGGUGGAGGGCGUGCGCGUUCACCAGACGGACAGCCUCAGCGAUCUGCUCUUCGACUUCGCCGGGCCGGAGGGGACACCGUUCGACGGCGGGCUCUUUCAGGUCGUGCUGCACUUCGAGGACGGCUACCCGGAGGUGCCGCCGCGCGGUGUGUUCCGCACCAAAAUAUUUCACCCGAAUAUCGCGGAAAAGGGUGACAUAUGCGUGAACGUGCUCAAGCGCGACUGGAGCCCGAACCUCGGUCUGCGCCAUGUGCUUACGGUGAUACACUGCCUCCUGAUUGAGCCGAAUGCAGAGAGCGCCCUCAACGAGGACGCGGCACGCCUUCUGUUAGAGGACUACAACGCCUACAGAAGGAAAGCGGAGAUGAUGAAAAAGGUGUACGCAAUGAAGGGUGCUAGACCACCACUAGAGUCACGCCAGCUGCAACCAGCCGAUGUCAUGGAAACACAGAACCAGUCGCAGCAGCAGCAGAAGCAAGACUUAGUUAGAAAGCCUCCGAAUGUCGCUAGUCCAAACAUGCCUGCAGCGGAGGGUGGGGCUGGUUCGCACCUCCGCAACGCCUCGGAGUCCGCACUCAACACAAGAAGUGUGGAGGGUGGCGUUUCCGCAAACUUUGGAGCCUCCAAGAAGGCAGUGGAGAAAAAGCGCACAGCCCUUAAGCGCAUCUAG